AUGUCAGCAAGCAGUGGUGUAAAGCGACCUAGUAAGGCUUUUAAAACAUGUUUAUUUUGUAAACGGUCACAUGUUGUAUGUGAUAAGCAGCGACCAUGUUCCAGAUGCGUUAAAAGAGAUAUUGCCCAUUUAUGCAGAGAAGACGAUAUUGCAGUUUCAAAUGAGAGGCCGUCACAGCAUGAAAGUUCUCCGGAGGAUAAUGAUAUAACCGCAGAGAAAUAUGUAAGUGGAACAAACAGCGGGAGCUUGUUCCACUAUCAGAAUAUUCCUAACGGUUCGGCUGAUAAUAGCGGCUCCAAAUAUGGAGAGGAAUUGUCGUCGAAACUGAACUCCACUCUUGUAAAUGAUACAGCUAGUUUAUUGCUUCCGCACCAGCCCGUAUUUGUGUCAGAGAACGUUGGUUCAGAAUUCAGUUCUUUGAAUGAAUUCCUUUCGAUGCUAGAAAACCCUUUGUUGGCCCAAACAACCUUGAACCCCAGUAAUGCGAGUGAUGUUCAUUUGGAGAAUGGUUCACAAAGCACACAGUCCCCACUGGAAUACCAAAACGACAACCGUGGGGAUGGGAGCGAAGUAGUCGGUCAAGAGCAUAAUGUUACAGACGCGAUUACAGGUUCCUCUAAAAACACCUCAAAGAGGGAUCAUCAAAACCAACAGAAAGAGGAGUCUCAAGUCCCGAUCAAUCCAGACCAAAACAGUGCGCCAACACCUAAGGAACAAUUCUUCCUAACAGCGGCAGACCCAUCCACAGAAAUGACACCAGAAGAUCGGUUGAAGUUGGUCAUAAACGCGAAGCUAGAGGCAGGAUUAUUGAAACCGUACAAUUAUGCCAAGGGGUACGCGAGAUUACAAGACUACAUGGACAAAUACAUGAACCAAUCUUCCAAGCAGAGAAUUCUGAAACCUCUAUCUACCAUUAGACCGGCAUUCAGAACCAUUGCGCGUUCAUUGAAAGAUGUUGAUUUAGUUUUGGUCGAGGAGAGUUUUGAGAGGAUGCUCUUGUCGUACGAUCGUGUUUUUACUUCUAUGAGUAUGCCUGCGUGUUUGUGCAGACGUACGGGUGAGAUUUACAGAGCUAAUAAGGAGUUUGCUUCACUAGUCGAUUGCACGGUGGAUGAUCUACGCGACGGGAAGCUUGCGAUCUAUGAGUUGAUGACAGAGGAAAGCGCAGUGAACUUUUGGGAAAAGUACGGGUCCAUCGCGUUUGACAAGGGCCAGAAGGCUGUCCUAACAAGCUGUAGUCUGCGAACAAAAGAUGGGAUUCGCAAGCGGCCGUGCUGUUUCAGCUUCACAAUCAGAAGGGAUAGGUACAACAUUCCAAUUUGCAUCGUAGGGAAUUUCAUCCCUCUGUCAUAG